UGCCACGUCAGCAGUGCCACGUCACAAUGCCACAUCAGCAGUGCCAUGUCAGCAGUGCCACGUCAGCAGUGCCAUGUCAGCAGUGCCACGUCAGCCACAGUGCCACGUCAGCCACAGUGCCACGUCAACAGUGCCACGUCAGCAACAGUGCCACGUCAGCAGUGCCACGUCAGCMACAGUGCCACGUCAGCAACAUGACGGGCCCAGCUCUGGGCAUGCCAGGCCAACUGGCCAACGAGUCUCUUGCCGACUACAAACAGCGGUUCCAGACUCAGCUCGCACUAAUCGAGGCUGAGGAACAGCGCCAGCUGGCAGCCGAGGCUGCCCGCCUACAGGCUGAAGCAGCGGCAACAGCGGAGAAGCAGCGGCUACAGGCCGAAGCAGACGCAGAUACCCAGGCACGCCGCAAGGAGGCCCAGGAUCUGCUGCAGCGGCAUGAAGCCACCAACAUCGAAAGACUCAAGUUCUGGCAUUUUGAACCAUCUAACGAGCACGAUGACGCUACACCGGAAGAGCAGCACAAGGAGUUCUUCUCCAAACUCGUGACACGGCUGUUAUACACUUGUAACUACCAACGGUCCGAGUUAGAGAGACAGAACCAGGAACUGCAGCAACAGUACCAGGAUCUGAAGAAACAGCACCAGGAGUUGGUGAAUCUCCGUCGGACAAUGCAGAGCCACGAGGACGCUACACGGGCACUCAAUUCCCGUGUACUGGACUUGGAGCAAGCUGUACCAGGACCAGAUGCUGGUGUGUCCAGCAGUGCACCCUCUAACCGCCAACUGGAGGAACGCGUCGACCACGUCGUCGCAAUGCUCGGCGACAUCAACACCUUCGCUGCGCCAACCACCAUCAACAAUCAGCUGGAUACCUUGAAGACUGAGGUCCAGCAACUGCAGUUGACCAACACGGAUGGCAACAGCACAAAGCAUUACAAGAUGCCAACUUUUCAAAUCGAGAAGUUUGAGGACUGCACGCAUCAGGACCCGGUCCUCUGGUGGGAAGGUUUCACGACGCAACUUUGGAUUCUUAUAGUCGCCAAGCACGCGUACAUCGGCGCCCUGUUCCUCAACUCCAAGGGCGGAUGCCAGACCUGGUUAACCCACCUGGCAGCCACCCACGGCGUCGACGUCGCAAAUUUGAAAGACAAAAUCACAUGGGAAGAGUUAACACGGCUGUGGAAGAAGCGGUUCAUUGUAGACGACGCACCUGCACUCGCCAUCAACCGUCUGUCGCCAUGACUCAAGGCAACACAACAACACGUGACUGGCUCACGGAAUGGCAGAAGAUCGCGGCAAAGCCCGAGCUG